AUGACCAGCAACCAAACUACCCGUACUCCCGCCCAGGUCGUCUACGCCCGUGAGACGCCCGAGGGCGUUGGCGCCACAGUUCGCCGCUCGAUCGGCACCUCCAGCCUCCGCAACCUCACGCCCUUCCUCAUGCUUGACCACGCCGCCAUCCAGGAGGGAUCGGGCUUCCCCGACCACCCCCACCGCGGCCAGAGCACCGUCACCUACGUCCUUAGCGGCAUGAUGCAGCACGAGGACUUUACCGGUUCCGCUGGCAAGCUCCUUCCCGGAGACGUCCAGUGGAUGACGGCCGGCCGCGGCAUCGUCCACUCCGAGAUGCCGCUGUUCGAUGAGGACCCGUCCAAGCGCGUCCCCGCCGAGGCUCUCCAGCUCUGGAUCGACCUGCCGGCCGACAAGAAGAUGAUCGAGCCGAGCUACCAGGAGAAGAAGGCCGCCGACAUUGACAGUGUCCAGCCUUCGGACGGCGUCGACAUUACUGUCAUCUCGGGCGAGAGCCACGGUGUCACUGGCUUUGUCCGCCCCGUCGGUGGAUGCUGGUUUAUGGACGUUAAGCUCACCAAGCCUGGCGCGUCCGUCUUCCAGGCCCUCCCCGAGGGUUGGACCGGCUUCGCCUACAUCAUCACCGGCAGUCUCCAGGUCGGAGAGGAGGCUACCCCCGUCGACAAGUACAACACUGUCGUGCUGUCUGCCGAGUCCGGCCAGAACGGUGUCCUCCUCACCCGCCCCGAGGGCACGACCGAGGAGACCCGCCUCGUCCUCAUCGCCGGCGAGCCUCUCCUAGACAACACGACGGUCCAGCACGGGCCCUUUGUCUGCAACUCGCGCCAGGGGGUUAUUGAGGCCAUCACCGACUACCAGAUGGGCCGCAACGGCUUUGAGCGCGCCCCAAACUGGAAGUCCAAGAUUGGCUCGGCCAUGCGUCACUAG